AUGCACGAGUCUGUGAUGCAGGAGUCUGCGCCAGUGGUUGGAAUCACUGUAGCGAUAGUGUCGAGUUUAAUCAAUGGUUCUACUUUUGUGCUACAGAAAAAGGGGAUUUUACGAUCGCGUGAGAAAGGAGCCUCGUACCUCACAGAUGCGGUGUGGUGGAGUGGCACGCUGACCAUGGUGAUUGGUCAGAUCGGUAACUUUGUGGCCUACAACAUUGCACCUGCAGUCAUCGUGACACCUUUGGGAGCACUUGGAGUAUUGUUUGGGUCGGUGCUGGCGUCCUGGGUCCUCCAUGAGCAUCUGGAAACGCUGGGGAAGCUCGGGUGUGUGUUGUGCUGCAGUGGAGCAGUGGUGCUGAUCAUUCACAGCCCCAAAGCAGAGACGGUGACAUCACAACUGCAGCUGGAGGAGAGACUAUCAGACCCAGUCGUUAUCCUCUAUGCCUCGCUGGUCACCGUGGCCUUAUUGGUUCUUAUUUUCUGGCUCUCUCCAGUCCACGGCUCGUCCAACAUUAUGGUCUACGUCUCUAUCUGCUCUCUGUUUGGCAGCUUCACCGUCCCCUGCAGCAAAGGACUUGGCUUGGUCGCACAAGAAGCUUUCAAGCUGCUUCAAGGCUCUCUGACGCCUCUGGUCAGGGUUUUGGACCAGGCAGAACUCACUCUCAGCAUGGGGCAAGACCGGGGAAAGUACGACUUCUACAUCGGCCUGGGACUAGCCAUCAGCUCCAGCAUCUUCAUUGGGGGCAGCUUCAUCCUCAAGAAGAAAGGGUUGCUGCGAUUGGCAAGAAAGGGCUCGAUGCGGGCAGGUCAAGGUGGCCAUGCGUAUUUGAAAGAGUGGCUGUGGUGGGCCGGGCUGCUCUCAAUGGGAGCCGGAGAAGGAGCCAACUUUGCGGCGUAUGCCUUUGCUCCUGCAACUUUGGUCACGCCACUAGGAGCCCUCAGCGUGCUCGUCAGCGCGGUGCUGUCCUCGUACUUCCUGUCCGAGAGGCUGAAUCUUCACGGGAAACUGGGCUGCCUGCUGUCCAUCCUGGGCUCCACCACCAUGGUCAUUCACGCCCCCAAGGAGGAGGAGAUCGACAGCCUGGAGGACAUGAACCGCAAGCUCAUCGACCCCGGCUUCUUGUUCUUCGCCGCGCUGGUCAUUGUGGUGGCGCUGAUCUUCAUCUUCGUGGUGGGCCCGCGUCACGGUCAGACCAACAUCAUGGUCUACAUCACCAUCUGCUCAGUCAUAGGCGCGCUCUCAGUCUCCUGCGUCAAAGGCCUGGGCAUCGCCAUCAAGGAAGCCAUCGCCGGCAAGAGCGUGCUGGGCGUGCCCCUGGCCUGGUUCCUCCUCUUCGCCCUCGUCGCCUGCGUCUCCACGCAGAUCAACUACUUAAACAAAGCCCUGGACAUCUUCAACACGUCCAUAGUGACUCCCAUCUAUUACGUCUUCUUCACCACUUCUGUGCUCACAUGUUCGGCCAUUUUGUUUAAGGAGUGGGAGCACAUGGGCACGGGCGACAUCAUCGGGACUCUGAGCGGGUUCCUCACAAUCAUCGUGGGGAUCUUCCUGCUCCACGCCUUCAAAGACGUGAACGUGAGCUGGUCGAACUUAGCCGUGUCCAUACGGAAGGAGGAGAGAGUGAGCGCUAACGGCACGGCGGCGCACGCUAGCUACGAACUCCUGCGCAACGAGAGCAUGGAUGACGCGGACAGAGAGGCGGGUUUGCCUUUCGACAGCGUGUCCAGAAGAAACGGAGCCAUUGUUUCUUCUUAA